CCACGGUCUCUCUGUUUGUGUUAUUUACUAAUUAAAACAAAAGAAUUUCAUGACAUUUAUUACCGUUAAUAAACAUAGAAAAUAGUCUUUAUACAGUGAAGUUGUGUUUUCAGAGUUAUCCGUUAAUUUUUGUCAGACAAUAACCUCAAUUACAAUGCAGGUGUUAUUAAUAAUUCCGAGUGUGUAUUUUAGCAAGUGUUAUUUAUAUUCAUGAGAAUUAGUGUAUUCGGUGUUGUUAUAUUGAAGAUGAUAUAACUGUUUUAAUUUUUGCCUGUAUAAACGGAGACUUGAAGGAAAUAAACAAAAUGCUGUCGUCCAGAUGAUAUCUGAGUAACGGCCCAGUGCAGACAUUAGAGCCUAGAAACAAAACAAAUGGGCAAAAGAAGAGAUAAAGUGCGGAGUUGGCGGUUCCAAUGGAGCGUGGUGAUGCUAGCGGCGGUGGCGCUGGUUGCCUACAACGCCGUCGCCAACCUGUGGCUGCUGCACCCCGCCUCCUGCCCCCUGCACCCCACCGCGCCGCCCUCCGACCCCCCCACCUGCGAGCCCUGCAUCGGCACUAUCCCCAACUCCGGCCUAGAUGACGACCCCAUCUACAGACUUGAUCUGCGACUAGGCAGAUGGGAUGGCAGCCGAUCCUACAGAUUAUUUGACUAUGCAGCAGUCGGGGACCAGUACGCCGAAGUGUCUAGCAACCACCGCGUCUGCCUCGCCACACAAAGCUCCAUAGAGAGACUCCACGAGCUGCUAAGGAUAGCGGCUCAUUGGACUGGACCAAUUUCAGUAGCAGUAUUCGUAGCAGGGGACGAAAUGAGACUGUUACGUGCUUUCACAACUUGGCUGUUUAGAUGCCAACCUGAGAUAUAUUCAAGAAUUGCUUUACACGUUACGAUGCCUGCGGAAAGACCAGGGUUACAUGGUAAGAUGCCAACGUGGGCGAGAGACUGUGAUACGAAUCCCCUGCCACCCGGAGAGAGGAGAGCUGAUACCGUCGCGUGGAGAGCGAGGCAUCCGUACCCUCAGAAUCAUAUGAGGAACUUAGCGAGGAAGAACUGCCAAACGCCGUUCGUCUUUUUAGUGGACGUUGAUAUCGUGCCCUCCAAAGGCAUGGCAGAUGCGUUAGAUAAGUUUCUCGCGACCACUCCCAAGUGCCCUCUAUGUGCAUACGUGGUGCCUACCUAUGAGCUAGACAGAAGAGUCGCCAAGUUCCCUGCGAACAAAUCUGAGCUGGUGAGACUCUCGAAAAGUAAGCUAGCGAUACCGUUCCAUAGGAAAGUGUUCAUUUAUAAUCAGUACGCGUCGAAUUUUUCCCGAUGGGAAGCAAGCGGCGGCAAUGAGACUGCGCAGACACACAUCAGCCACAACGUGACGAACUUCGAGCUGUUGUAUGAACCGUUCUACGUGGCCACUGACACCGUGCCUCCUCAUGAUGAGAGGUUCCUUGGAUACGGCUUCACUAGGAAUACACAGGUAUACGAGAUGUUCCUAAUCGGGUACCAAUUCAAGGUGCUAUCUCCUAUCUUCACAAUCCACUGGGGGCUGCAAGCCAGAAGAAACCGCCCCCUCUGGCGGGAGAAACAAAACGAAAAGAACAGAAAACACUUCGAAACGUUCAAAAGGGAACUAUUCGCGAGAUAUCGGAAAGAUCCCCUACAUUUGUUGAGAAGACCCCAACAAGGGAAGAAGACCUAGGCAUCGCGAGGCCGCGCAGUCACCGCCGGCCUCGGAAUUAUAAUAACUAUAGCUUCUUGGCUCUUCUGACAAAGGCGUAGUCAGAAGAGAUGGACUUUGGACUCUGUGCCAUAAAUUGCGCUUAAUGUGUCAGUUGUAUUGGAUCUUCUUAGUUUCUGACAAAAGAAGAAGGUAUAUUAAGUGUUGUGACGUGAUAAGUCUGUGGAAUGACGUUUUCAAUGUUUGUGGGAAUUUUAGAAAAUGUGGUUCGAAAUGAAUUUGUAUAUUUCCUCGGUCUACGGUAUUUUAUUGUAGCAUAAAGAAAACUUAUGAAUAUUGUAUACUUGUAGUAAUAAGCUUUCACUUUUAGUUAUACUUUAUGUGUGUAGGUAAUAACCAAAUGUAGUGACAAAAGUACAUGGUUAGCAAGGAUUUGUUUUACAUUUUAAUCUGUAUAUAUAAAAAUAUAUUAUAUUAUAUAUCUUUGUAUAUAUUCAUAAUACAAUAGUUGUAUAUAAGUAUUGAGUAACUGUUGUAUAUUGUGUUAUUAUAAUAAUGAUUAUCUUUACAUUCCAAAGAAAUGUGUUCUAUUUUAUAAAGUACAUAACUUGAUUGGUCCAAGAAGUAUUAUUUAUAAUAUCGAUGUUUUUUAAAUAUAAAUUAUGAAAGUGGCACUAGUAUAGUUCCUUUUCUUAUAAUUUAGCACAAAUGAAGGCAUAAACUGAAAUGCCUCGAAGUAAAAUUAUGCAGCUUUGGUUAUUUUGGUAUCAGUCGAGGCACAACUUAAAAAAUUGUAUUGUCUAAUGACCCCUACUAAUUGACCUCUUAAAUCAGUAGAUUUUGUUUCACUUUUAUUGUUAAGUCUAUUUACCCGGGGUAAGCCAUUAAAUUUAAAUUAAAUUAUUUUUGUCCUCCGACUAAGUUUACAUAAUAAUUUAAUUUAAAUACGUUUUUUUUUUUAAAUUGACAAUCGUUCUUCAUUAUGCUGCAAACUGCACUAACAAAAACAAAAUAAGUUCAGUUCUGCUGACCACGUAUCGUCAACUACGUCAUAGAUAUUAAGUUAUAUAAAAAAUAUAUGAAUCUGCGUAUAUAUCUAAAUAAAGAUAGACAGUGUUGUGAUUAUCUUGUUGUGAGGUAUUACAAUUUUCAUUUACAAAUAAUAUGUUAAGACUAGCGACACGGCAUAGAACUGUUAUCAUCAAUUAGGUAUAAUAAAAACUUUUUUUAUCCUCAUCAGUUGUCGAAAACCACAUGAAAAUCUGUUCAGUAGUUAUUGAGUUUAUUGCUUAGUCAUUGUUCUUAGGUUUUGAAUACGUUUCUUGUAACUGUUCCAGUGUAAUUUUUAUGUGUAGUAAAAGGCUCUAAACCAUUUUCUUUAAUCACAGAUAUACAAAACAUGUUGCUAGAUUUUCCUAUCAUUGUUACUUUAGUCAUUAAAAGGCACAACUUUUUGUACAUUUUUACUAACGAGUCUAGGUUGUAAAUUGUAAUUAUUAGUUACAAUAGCAUGAUCGUGCCUCGAUUAGAUAAACUUUUGCUCGCUAUUAUUUUAUACCUGCCUCGAUUUGAGAAAUUUUUACUCGCAAUUAUUUUAUUUCUGCCUCAAUUUGAGAAACUUUUGCUCGCAAUUGUUUUUUCACUGCCUCGAUUCGUGGUCACGUGCAUUUUUUGUCUUUUGUUACAAUAAUGUUUAUAGUAAAGAUAGUUGAAUAGUAAUAUUAUAAAUGACUGUUAGCUAUUUACGUUUCAAAGCACUAAGUAGGGCUACCUGUGAAAGUGUGAUAUUGUCUGUAAGCGAUUAAUUAUAAACAUGUACGUAGAGUAUUGAUUUCUGACACUUACACGCGAAUAUUAGACAUUUAAAUAAAACUAUUUUUGCGGAUUGUAUAUUAAUAUAACCGCGAUAAAAUCCGUAAAAGUAGUUACAUUUAAACGUACGUAGAAUAUUAUUAUUUCGUAGAACUGUAUUAGAAUAAGAGAAACUUCUUUAUACUCUUGUUGAAACAUCCCUAUCGUUUUAUAUUUACCUAGUACAAUUAUAAUUUAAUGUUUACAUAGCUAACAAUAUUAUUUUAUCACGGUUUUGUUAUACUGAUUUAUAUAUAUUUAAAAUAUUGUUUAUUAAUAGCAAGAAAUGAUCAUGGUAAUAAUGAAAUGAGAAUUUGUGAAAGCCGGCUGCAAAAUCAUUUUAUAAAAGCUUUAUUUAACAUCCAGAUUUAUUCCUUGGAAAGGAGUUUUCAAUAAACAAGUUCUCGAAA